UGUCGGCGAAACAGCAGCUGAGAACCUUCCCUUUAAGGAGCCGGAAGUGAGGACGGGAUGGUUUGGACUGUGACCCUGCGAGAGUGGAGCGGAUUUGAAUGUUAACUUACGAAUGAAAACCCACUUGUGACAACCCACAACAGCAAUACAGGACAAAGGUUAUGAAUUGCUGCGGCAAGACACAGGACUGAUUCCAUAUUAAAGUUUUAGGACCUAAAAUAUCUGAGUGUAAUCUGUAAGGCAGCAUGACCAUGACUCAUGUUGGAGCAAUUGUGGUCGCAAUAACUGCAGCCGUGUCUUUCUUCCUUUACUCUUCCAUACACAAGAUUGAAGAGGGGCACCUUGGCAUUUACUACAGAGGUGGUGCGUUAUUGGUCUCUCUGAGUUCCCCUGGGUACCACAUUAUGGUGCCAUUCAUUACAUCUUUCAGAUCCGUUCAGACAACUCUACAAACAGAUGAAGUGAAAAAUGUUCCCUGCGGAACAAGCGGUGGGGUCAUGAUCUAUUUCGACAGAAUAGAAGUGGUGAACAGCCUUGCUCCAAGUGCAGUGUAUGAUAUUGCAAAGAACUACACGGCUGAUUAUGACAGGGCUUUGAUUUUCAACAAAAUUCAUCAUGAACUGAACCAGUUUUGCAGUGUGCACACCCUACAGGAAGUUUACAUCGAAUACUUUGAUCAAAUCGAUGAAAACCUGAAGUUGGCUUUACAAAAAGACUUGAUUGUUAUGGCACCUGGUCUUAGAAUACAGGCAGUUCGAGUUACUAAACCUAAAAUACCGGAGGCAAUUAGAAGGAAUUUUGAACUCAUGGAGGGAGAGAAGACAAAGUUGCUGAUUUCUGCACAGAGGCAAAAGGUUGUAGAGCAAGAGGCUGAGACAGAAAGAAAACGAGCUAUUAUUGAGGCUGAGAAAUUUGCACAGGUGGCAGAGAUUCAAUUCCAGCAAAUGAUUAUGGAAAAAGAAACGCAGAAGACAAUUUCAGAAAUUGAAGAUCGUGCUUAUUUAGCUAGGGAGAAGGCUAAAGCAGAUGCAGAUUUCUACACUUCCGAGAAAACAGCACUCGCAAAUCAGAUGAAACUGACUAAAGAAUAUCUGGAGAUGGUUAAAUAUCAAGCAAUAUCGACAAACAGCAAGAUUUAUUUUGGUAGUGACAUCCCCGACAUGUUCGUGGAUGCUAGUGUGUUUCAGCAAAACGCUGAAAAGAGGACUGAUAAAAGCUCCCCCAGUCCGAAAAAGAACGAGGCGAUUUCUGCAUCUGAAAGCACCUCAAGCAGGCAACAAAGAGAUGCAAUGAAGGACUUUGAAGACAACACAACUUAGACUGGGUGCAGAGGAAGGCACAACUUUGUUAAAUAUUACAGAAUGCUCAUUAUACAACACUGGAUUAUGUUGGAGUUGAUUCUAGCAUGACCUCCAUCAGAUUAGGUGCUGAAUUAUACUACAGAAUAUUUGGUGGCUUUAUAUAACAAUUUCUGCGAUCGUAACAAGAUGACAUUUUGACAUGGUGGCAAUGACUAAAACUGGUUAUGCUCCGUUGCAGAACCUUAUACCAUGUCAAAAAAUGCUUUUUAUACGAAUAGAUGUAGCACCUAACUGAAUGUCUGAAAGUUGGCUAUGGCGUUCUGUGUAUUUACCAAUACAUGUAAUGGGGAUUGCUUUCUGUACUAGUAUGGAUGUCACAGCAUUUUACAAUUGGAACACCUACAGGCAGUAAAUGCUUCAAUUGAGCAUUUUUCUGUUUUGAUUUUGGUUAUGAUGAAAUGAACAGGAAUAUGAUUGACAACUGUGAACAAACCUUUUUUUAAACGGACAAGCUAUAAUACUUUUGAAAAUAGAUCAGUGGAAUAGGAAAAUAUAUUUUAGAAUUAUCAAGAUACCUUUGUAUUUAAACAAUAUUAAUUGAUGCCAUGCUUUUAUAAUGGCAGCUAUGCUCAGUGACCAUGGGUAUCAUUGGAAGGACAUUGGCCUCCUGUUGAUCAAGGUGCAAAGGCAAGUCAGGGUAAUUUUGGUGAAAAGUGUUUAUUUCUUUUGAAGCUGUAUCAUUGCCAUUCGGUGUUGCUUGGCUUCUGACACUGGUAGUGUUGGAAACUAUAUUGGAGUCACCUUCUUUUAGUGCAGCAUAAAACAAGCAGGACAUUUUGUUUCCAAUUGAUGAAACAUUUUUCACAUUAUCUAUUGCAAGAAUACAAACAGUUUUGAAGACUUGUAUGCACCAACUCGGGUCCCUUGAGCGUUAAAAUGCACACUAAUUGUGGAGGAGAAAAGGAGCCAAUAUCAAUCACUGUCCCUUGGUAUUAAUUGGGCCGUUCAAGAAUGAUGCUAAAUUCUAUGUGAUGGUGCUAAAUUGGUUAUGUUCUAUUAUUAGCUUUAUUUAGAAUGAGCUUACCAUUAAUAAAUUACUCGAUUGAUAAUAUAAAGCAAGCCAGUUUACGAUAGCAGGCAUUUGAUAAACAUUCUUUUACAUGCAAAGAUGUCUAUUCUAAUAUCUGGGCAAUUGGUAUAUGCAGAUACUAAUCUUUAUUUUUGAUAAUUCAUCGUACAGUUAAGCAUUUCGCAUCAUGCCAUGUAAAGCUUUUGUGAAGUUCUAGCUUUUUAUAUGCAACAUUUGUAUUGAUUGGAUGCUGAUUGCCAUCUCCCAUGCAGACUUCUGGUUUUAAUGUGAAAAUUGAAUAUUGGUUGCAGUAUUUCAAUCAUUUCUCAUUGUAUAAAGCAGUGCCUGUCUGAAAUGAUGGCACCAAAAAAAAGUGUUUUUGUUCUACAAAAGAAUGCAUGUAUCUAAAUAGUUAACUCGGAUUUAAUUUUCACUUCCGUUGAAUUUGUGGGAAUAGGGUUUUUCCAGAUCUGUUAUCUUGGCAUAGAAUAUACAAAUGCAGAUAUGUAUUUCAAAUUGCUCUUUCUGUUGUAGACACUAUAAAAUAGUUUGUAGCUCUGUCAUUCUAAAUUUCUGAUGUUUUACCUGAAUUAAAAUGCUUACUAAUUCAUUUUUUACUGCAUUUGAGAAAUGACGAUAAUCUCAAGAAUUCAAGUUUACAUUUUUUUUUUGAAAUAUUCUUUACAAGGUAUAUAUGCAACAUGUGGUGUUUUUGCUUUGAAUGAUAAGUUGGGAUUUAAUUUUGCUUGUAAAGAAAUUUGCCAAUUCAUAUAUCUGGUGAAAGGGGUUUUGAACUUACAAUGAAUUUAAAUCGGCUAUGUCUAAAGCAAAUUUUGUGAAGCCAAUCUAAUAAGAAAAAAAGAGUUUACUCCAAAAUCUCACAUAAGUAAACUUAUUUUGAUAUCAAA